UGUCGCAGAUAAAAUAAUGUUGUAGCAGGUUUUGAAUGGAGCUGCGAUGACGCAUACGUCGUCUGCGAAAUAGGCGAAUUUUGUUGGAAAUCGGAUUCAUCGGAUUGUAAUGCGAUUACGUUGUUUUACCGUAAAAUAAGUGUAAGAUUUUGGGAAACCCUUAAGAACUCUAGAUCUUAGUUAAAUUUAGGAGCUCACGAUGAGUUUUCUAGGCAAAAUAUUCGGUGGGAAGAAGGAGGAAAAAGGGCCAACUACGCACGAAGCUAUCCAAAAAUUACGUGAAACCGAGGAGUUAUUGAUAAAGAAACAAGAGUUUUUAGAGAGGAAAAUAGAAACUGAGAUACAGACUGCUAGGAAAAAUGGAACGAAGAACAAGAGAGCUGCAAUUGCCGCCCUAAAACGUAAGAAGCGCUACGAAAAGCAGCUUACCCAGAUCGAUGGCACUCUUACACAGAUAGAAGCACAGAGGGAGGCCCUGGAGGGAGCCACCACUAACGCACAGGUCCUCAACACAAUGAAGGAUGCUGCUAAUGCAAUGAAACUCGCUCACAAGGACAUCGACGUAGACAAAGUCCACGACAUAAUGGACGACAUAGCGGAGCAGCACGACAUCUCGCGCGAGAUCACGGACGCCAUCAGCAACAACGUGGCCUUCCCCAACGACAUCGACGAGGACGAGCUGGAGAAGGAGCUGGAGCAGCUGGAACAGGAGGACCUGGACAAGGAGAUGCUGGGCAUCAGCGUGCCCACGGACACGCUGCCCGACGUGCCCAGCGCCGAGCUCGUGCACGACAAGCCCAAGCCCAGCAAGUCCAAGAAGGAAGAGGACGACGAAGACUUCAAGAUGCUGCAAUCCUGGGCGACAUAAGUGCAUACGACGGACCCUCAUACGUGAUGUUGUGUGUUUGUGAUAAUACGUCAGUGCCCUGAGUGUACGCCAACGGAAUAAUAUUGUUGUUAUAAAAUAGCACCUAUUGUAAGUACAUAAGAUGCCUCAGUAUUCAGCACAACAGGAUAUACUUUGUUAUUGCAAAAUUGCAUAAUACUAAAGCCUGGUCCGUGAGCACGUAGAAUUUUGUCCAAUGACCCCAAGCUACCCAUCCUUAUCGCUCGCGCGUAAUUAUGUUGCUGUCGCGCUCGCACACUCACUGCGGGCGCCCGUCGCACAGUCGCGACUAUUUAUUCAUUUUAAAGCUAAACAGAAUUUCAAUUUUCUGUUUAGCUUUACUUAUAUUACUAUUUUUCUUGUAAGUGUCAAUUGUGUCUUAAAAUUAUUGAAGUCAACUGCCGAAUUAUUAGAAAUUUAAAAGAACUCACAAAGUAGCUUAAGAUAGCGUCAAACAUAAAAGUUUUCUAGCUAAUUUGAAAUAUUUAAAAAAAAAUUCCGACUGAGCAUCAAACCAGGCAUUCUGUGCUUAAAGGUAACCUUCCACUGUUAUUGGUAACUUAAUCAUGUCUCUAAAAAUACCAACCGAAUUAAGAUUGAGAACCUCCUUUUGUUGAAGUCGGUUAAAAUACUGCGAUAUUGCUUACACUCAGGGUACUGAUAUAGCGCUGCCUGCCCAAAUCAUCCAUCUCACUCUAACCUAGCUAUUCCGUACGAGAGCGAACGAGACACCGAUAAAUGUUCAGGGUAUGGCAGUGCUGUUAGAAAUAGGUCGUAUUUGGUGUGAAGGUUUGUUUUGUAACAGAUUUUUGAUAUUAUGUUUUUUAAGUAAUCUGUUGGCAGCUGAUAAAUACAGCCGUCCUUGUCAUUCUGUAGAGUUUUAGAAAAGGAUGACAAGUGUAUACGUCAAUGUCAGCUGUUUUAGAAGAUGUCCAAUCACAUGUUUUUCUCACUAGUUUGAGAGCGAGAGGUUUCUUUGUUAUGUGGUUUAGAAUCUCCAAAACUCUUUCUUUAUAUUGUCUUUAACUCUAUAACGGUCAAAGCAAGUUUAAAUUCAUGGUUUUUGGACCUUAAAACAAGGGAAUACGGUUAAUAACGUAGUACAAACUACACACAAAUAAGGGUUAAUCCACCGUGUUUUUAAGCGAGGUUUAGACUAGCAAUAAAACUUGCAGAAUUUGAAUUCCGCAAGCUUUCACCACUAUGCAAAUGUUGCAGAAGUUGGCUUACCACAGCUAUUUACACAGCGGUAAACAGCUUGCAGAAGUCAACUUCUGCAAGUUUUAUUGCUAGUCUAAACCUCGCGUUAUGUUUACAACCGAAUUUACCGUAAUCAAUUGUCAUGCAGACCGAUAUUCCCAUACGCAGCCUGGUUACAAAACGGAUAACCUUCACACCAAAUCGUGUAUAAAUAUGUAUGUAUCUAAACUAGGGCUUGCUUAAGCGUCUAGUAAUGUAUUUAUUGCCUUAAAUAUUCAUAUUUAGUCCAAAUAUUGAUGGGAUCGCGAAUAGUGUUGUAAUAGACUUCAGUCCUAAAGUCUCAUAAAAAAGAAACUAAUCCAAGUUAACGGGUCAAUAUAAGUUAACGGGCGGGUUUAAACCAACAACGACUCUCGGUUUUAAGCUAGUGUUGCCAUACGCACCCUUUUAAAGACUCAGAGACUCCAGAGGACUGAAGAGACUCAGAGUACUGGAAGGAUUCAGAGGACUAUGAAGACUCCAGAGGAUUGUAAAAACUCCAGAGAUCUGAAGAUUCCAGAGGAUUGUAAAGACUCCAGAGGACUGAAGAUUCCAGAGGAUUGUAAAGACUCCAGAGGACUGAAGAUUCCAGAGGAUUGUAAAGACUCCAGAGGACUGAAGAUUCCAGA